AUGAAUGCAUAUCCUCAAGCUAAGGCAUCUUCAAAAAUGAAAGGCAUACUAUCUUGCGUCAUUGCAUUCCUCUACUUGGGCUUCGUCUCUGCGACGCAGAAUACCGACUCAGCGAUUCCUCUCCUCCGAGGAUACGACGGGGCGACUCAGGAUCAUUUUUACACAACCAACGCCGCAGAAAUGGAGAAUGCUAUCACUGUGCUCAAUUACAAAUCUGAGGGUGAUGCAGCUCGCAUUUUUGUUGAUCAUUUCUACACCACAUCCAUUGACGAGCGCAACAACGCGGUCCAGAAUUUGGGAUAUAAUGACGAGGGUAUUGUUGGAUACAUCUAUCCUUCGGCGGCGUGCUGCAGCGUCCCGUUCUAUCGCUUGUACAACCCAACUGUGCACGAUCAUUUCUAUACCGCCAACGCGAACGAGAAAAACACCGCAGCCCAGACCGAUGGGUAUGUGGACGAGGGCAUUGCAGGAUAUGUCCUUUCCGUUUGA